AGCCGGCUGAUGUGCCCAUACAUCAGCAAGGCAGGUGCCUGCUGACACAGGGGGGACUGAACCUGGAUUCUGGUCUCACUGGACCCAGCUGCCCCCGCUUUGUUGUGGUCUCACUGAAGCCUUAUUGUGAUUCUGAUUUGGGCCUACAGCGUGGUAGCACCCACCUUUGCCUUACAGUUUCAUCUGAUGCACGGCCUCAUAGUGUUGACGCUGGUCGAGUCCCAGUCAGCAGUGCUGUUCCCCAGGCCUGGCAGGCUCACUUGGCUGCUCCUGACCAUCACCUUUACGUGCACAGCCAUGGGCUGCAUCCAGAGUAUCGCCUGUAACAAGUCUCGCAUUAAACGGGAGAACAUAGUGGUGUACGACCUGUCCGCUACCAUAGACCACUGCCCGACUGUCAUUGAGGAGAACUCGCCCAUAGUGCUUCGAUACAAGACGCCGUAUUUCAAAGCCUCGGCGCGGAUUGUGAUGCCCCCCAUUUCGCGCAAUGAGACAUGGGUGGUGGGCUGGAUCCAGGCGUGCACCCAGAUGGAAUUUUACAACACCUAUGGAGACGUCGGCAUGUCGAGCUGGGAGCUGCCUCAGCUCCGAGAAGGCCUGGUGAGGGCCAUCAGCGACUCAGACGGUGUGAGCUACCCCUGGUAUGGAAACACAACAGAGACUGUCACCAUUGUGGGCCCCACCUCUAAGCCAUCCCGCUUCAUCGUUAGCAUGAAUGACAAUUUUUACCCCAGCGUCACCUGGGCUGUGCCAGUCAGUGAAUCCAACACGCCCUUACUGACUAACAUCAAAAGGGACCAGAGCUUCACCACCUGGCUGGUGGCACUCAACACUACGUCCAGGGAAAAGAUCCUGCUCCACACCAUCAAGUGGAGGAUGAGGGUCGAUAUUGCGGUGGAUCCGUCCCUGCCUCUGGGCUCCAGGGCCAGGCUGGUGGGCCGGGUGCACCAGGACCAGCCGCGGGUGCUGACCCGCAUGGAGCCCAUCACUGCUAACGCCAUGGGGAGGCCCAACGCCAACGACGCGCAGGUUCUGAUGUGGAGGCCGAGGAGAGGGCCUCCGCUUGUUGUCAUACCACCCAAGUAGAGCGUUGAGAGCAUCUGAUUGGCCGUUAGUUAUAUCAUAUAUCAUAGUGGGUCACUUCAGCCGUGAAACGGCAAAAAGGAUAAUCAGAUUAAAAGACAAAAAACAGACAAAAUUAAGAUCUAUAAGCAGGCUGAGACUUGUGCCAAUGGCGCAAAUCAGAGUUGCAGUUUUUUUGCGUGUGAAGUAUCGAGGGGACAGCUGCCUUAAUUUCCCCACCGCUGCCUUUGACGAUCAAGAAAGUAUGUCGGUCUCCACUUCUGGUGCUGUUGAGCUGUUGGGUAUCCAGGCCUUCACUGAAGCCCAGCACAACUGAGCAAAGCUAACUUUGAAAUCCACCAUUAGUGCUGGGAUGUAACUCAAACCUGUACUGUAGCUACUCAGGCCCAGAAAGAAAUGAUCAAGCCUAAACACAGACCCUGUUUAAAAAAAGGUUCUUCAGCCUUAAUGAUGACAUAAUACUGGCCUGCUCUGUACUGUAAAGUGCUGUGUAAGAGUGCAACCAAGGAAAGGGGAUAGUGUUUAUGUGCCAUACAACACUGCUGCGGGGUGUAUUCAUUACGGACAGAGAGAACUAUAAUAUCACCUGAAAUGUUACAGGUUGAUGUGGAGGCAUGUGUGUUGUGUGUUUUCUAUAAUGGAGACCCAGGGUUGGGUCCAGGCUUGCUGCUCUCUCACACUCUCUCACAAACACACACACACACACACACAGGCCUCAUUCGUGGUUUUGCUACAGGGAGGGACAUUUUUCAAGAUGAUUUAUACACAGAAAGAUUGUCCAAGACACAUGCAUCCUUAGAGCUACUUUGCUUUUUUACAUAUCACAGAAAAUGUAGAAAUCACAGCUUUUGGAUUACAUGAUAUGCACACGAUUUGUGCGUUGAGAAGAAUCUUACAUGAAGCCCUGCAGCGGGAUUUUUGCUUUUCAAUCACAAAUGGCCAGUUCAUCAAAGCUGCAGAGCUUCUCCCUCCCUGCCUUUUGAAAGCCAGUGAUGCCUGUGUUGACGACAGCCUCCAAUGGUAAACAAACAUUGUCUUUCCCCUGCCCCAUCUAAUCAGGUUUGUGAGGUGAAGAAGCAAGGUUACUUUAUUUUACAAGUAAUUAAAUGGGUCUGCCUUCAGUGGCUGUAAGAGGACAAACAGAGCUAUAACACAUCUUUAAGAAUAAAGAUUGUAGUGAAAGAGAACUGUAUUUACACGAGAAGACUUACUUUAAGCAUCGGUUCACCUAAAUUACAAAUAAAAUAUUUAGCCAUGCAGACUUUUUUUCAGAUUUUAUUUGUCCAAGUUUUGAAAUAUCAGUCACUGAGAUAUGUGUCUCACAACCAAUGCAAUGGAGAUGAAUGAAAUGUCUUUAGUGAUCAAAGCUUUGACAAAACUGCAUUUAAACAGCCAUGCCAGCAGCUCUGAGGCGGUAGUUACAGUAAAUGCCAGAAUGCUCACAAUGACAAUGCUAACAUGCUGACGUUUAGCAAGUACAUUUAACAUGUUAAUUAUCUUUGUUUAGAGUGUUAGCUAGUAACAAUUGCUAAUUUGCACAAAGUACAGCCGAGGCUGAUGGUAGUGUCUUUUUCUGUAGGUAUUUGGUCAUAAGCAAAGUAUUGGACAAAUAAAUGUUUGGACUUUUAGUAGAAAAGUCAGUUAGUCACCAAAGUAAUUAAAAAAUAAAAUAUCCUCUGGGCACCAUAAAUAUCUCACCACCCAUAUAGUAGUCUUGGAAUACUGUACUAAGCAACAAAUAUGUCAAACUUAUGGUGGAGCUAGAUGAAGAGUUACCAAAUAAUUAGGACAUAUUUUCUAGGAACCAUCAAUAUCUGUACAGAAUAUUCUGGCAAUCCAUCAGUAGUUGUAGAGAUAUUUCAAUAUGGACCAAAGUGGUGGACUGAUUGACCAAUAAUCCCACCAAGAUUUAACCGCAAUAUGUCUUUCCAAAAACAGUGUCUGGGCUACUCGGAAUAGUCCAUGGACUUUGAUAUCAACAGUUUUCAUAGGAACUAUUUCAGUAGAAAGUUUUUACAAUGAAAACCUUCUGAUGAGACAUGUUAUUGAUUUUUUAAUGAAAUUUGUCAAAGCCUUGGACAGCAACACGUGGCCCUGCAUUCACCUUCAUUGUAUUGGGUGGAGGCAGAAAUCUAACUGACAGAUAUCGGAAAUCUGAACUUUCUACAUGGUGAGAUACUGACGUAGGAAAGAAGUAGGUAAGAAAAUGUGUUUUUAUUAUUUUAUUUGGGUGAAGUGACCCUUUAAAGAUUGGUGCAGUAUCUGGUUUACACAGACAACCCGUCUCUUGUGCCAUUAUGAUCUUUUAUAAAAUGUGUUUUUAUGAGGAUUUAUGACUACAGAAUAUGAACAUUUCACAAACAUGUUAUAUCUGAAAAUGUUGCUUGUUGUUUUCCAAGCAGGUCUAUACGUUGUAUUUCUGUUUAUUCACACUCAGUGUGCCAGUGAAACACGUGCCGCUGAAGUGCUGAGCUGGUCCAGAUGAGACAGAGAUGAAGAGAGACAGAGGAAGGAACCACAUUAUCUUACCCAUGCUGCUGCUCAUUACUCCUGGUGCAAACCGAAUAAGCCUUCACUCUCUCACACACUCUCUCUCUCACACACACACACAAUCUGGAAUGACCCUAGGAGUGUCCCUGCCUGUGUAUUGCACAUCCUGCAACACACUUAUCAUAGAGAAGCAUGGACACGGGAUAUUCUAACAACAUGCCGAUUGUAGCCAUGACACUGAAGCAGUUUGUGAGGCAUCUGAGAGCCCACGUUGACAAUCAAGGGAAACAGCUAGAGCAGCACUUUUAACUGGAGAAUCAAAGGAGGUGAUCUUAUUGAGUCUUUUAUAGGGGCAAAGCAAGCGGAAACCUUUUUCACAUGUUGCCCCUAUUAAAAUUAAGUGUUGUGGCCGGGUUAGCUCAGUUGGUGGAGCGGGCGCACAUAUAUGGAGGCAUGCUCCUCGACGCGGCGGCCGCGGGUUCGGCUCCGACCUGCGGCUCUUUGCUGCAUGUCGUUCCCCCUCUCUCUCGACUUUCAUGUCUUCAUCUGUCCUGUGGAAAUAAAGGCCUAAAAAUGCCCUAAAAAAAUGAUCUUUAAAAAAAAAAAAAAAGGAAUUAAGUGUUGAGCGAAAAUACAUUUAUACUUGACCAUGAGGUCACACAGUCUGCUGUCUGUGUGUAUCAGGGCCUCAAGUGUCUUUUACAGUAACAGAUGUGCCUGAGGACUGGAGGUAGAGCUUAACACGUUAGUUUCUACUUGUUCUGUUGAUUGAUUGGAGUCUGAUACAGUAAUUGGUUAGAACAUGGCUGGGUAAUGGUAAUUUACAGUGUUAUAAUAUGAAGGACAUGGCACUCUGCCAUGUUACAGUCCUUUCUCUCUGACUGUCUGGCUUUUGCAUGCAGUGUUUUUAAACGCAUUAAAACAAAUGCCAAAAAUAUCAAAGUGUGAAUGUAUUCAUGUCAUGUAGUUUGCAGUUCUAAGGCAACAUGCCAAGUAUUAAAUUAGACAAGGUGGGUGGGGGUGUUGGAAUAAAUGACAAGCUGCUAAAA